AUGGUUAAUAAAAACAAGAACUGCUCAGAACUCAAAAUCACAGUUGUCAAUGUAAAACGGGAGAGCGACGGAUGCCUGGAGGCUGGGAAGGCUGAUGCCAUGCCCCUCGAUCACCCCAGGGUACGCCGCUACGCAGGGAGCCAAAAAUACGACGGUGACUUCACGGCUCCAUCGAAGCCGAGGAUCUGGGCGACGAGUCCGUCUCCACAACACACAGCCACCAGAUUUAGGCUUCCGGGGUCCAUCCGGGCAGAGGAUGAGGCAGAGGAAGGCUGGGGCAGCCGGGUGCAGGCCUCGGUGCUGCUGAUGCCGCAUGUGGCAGCUGAGGCGAAGGCGGCGGCAGCUCACCUUAAGCCACGCCGCAACUCCCUCACGGAGGAGGACGGCAGCCAGGAGUUCUCCACCCGCAGCCGGUUCCUCUACUAUCUCUUCAGCCUGGGCACGGAGCUGGGCAACGAGCUCUUCUACAUCCUCUUCUUCCCCUUCUGCAUCUGGAAUUUGGACGCCUGGCUGGGCCGGAGGCUGAUCAUCAUCUGGGUGUGGGUGAUGUACCUGGGGCAGUGCACCAAGGAUGUCAUCCGCUGGCCGCGGCCUGCCUCCCCGCCCGUGGUGAAGCUGGAAGUCUUCUACAACUCCGAGUACAGCAUGCCCUCCACCCACGCCAUGUCGGGCACCGCCAUCCCCCUGGCGCUGCUGCUGCUCAGCUACGGCCGCUGGCAGUAUCCCCUUGUGUUUGGACUGAUCCUUGCAUUCUGCUGGUGUUCUUUGGUUUGCUGUAGUCGAAUUUAUAUGGGAAUGCAUUCAAUUUUGGAUGUUAUUGCUGGAUUUCUGUAUGCUAUUCUCAUCUUGGUUGUCUUCCAUCCUGUUGUGGACGUGAUUGAUAACUUCAACUUAACUUACAAAUAUGCACCUUUAAUUAUCAUCAGUCUCCAUUUAGCCCUGGGCAUCUUCUCUUUUACUCUAGACACCUGGAGCACAUCGCGAGGAGACACAGCUCAGAUACUGGGCUGUGGUGCUGGAGUAGCCUGUGGCUCUCAUGUUAACUACAUAAUGGGUCUAAAGCUAGAUCCUCCUCCCAAUACCUUACCUUUAUCUCUUUCCUCCCUCACUGUGACUGUGUUUGGAAAAGCCAUAUUGCGGUUGUUGAUUGGAGUAAUAGUUCUGUUGUUAACAAGAGUGGCAAUGAAAAAAGCCACUAUUCCACUGGCAUGUAAAAUAUUUCACAUACCACAUGAUGAUGUACGGAAAGCAAGACAACGCAUGGAAGUUGAGCUCCCAUAUCGCUAUAUUACGUAUGGAAUGGUUGGAUUCUCCCUCAUGUUUAUUGUUCCUUGCCUCUUCCAUUUUACUGGUCUUUCUUGA